CGGCGCGCGCCGCCUGGGUGGGAGCGCGGAGACGCUCGUCUCUCACGCGCCAUGGCGGCUCCAGUCCAGGCCCCUCAGCCAGGGGGUGGAAAGCGCAAAGGCAAGGCUCAGUACGUGCAGGCCAAGCGGGCUCGGCGCGGCGAUGCAGUCGGGCCGCGGCAGCUGGAGCCUGGACUGCAGGGGAUCCUCAUCACUUGCAAUAUGAACGAACGCAAAUGCGUGGAGGAGGCCUACAGCUUGCUCAACGAGUACGGCGAUGACUUGUACGGGCCCGAAAAGUUUACAGACAAGGAUCAACAGCUUUCUGGAAGUGAGGGAGAGGAUGAUGUGGAGGCUGCCAUGAAGAAGGAAGUUGGUGACAUUAAGACUUCUACAGAGAAGAGGCUAAGAAGAUUCCAGUCUGUAGAGAGCGGAGCAAAUAAUGUCGUCUUCAUCAGGACACUUGGGAUUGAACCUGAGAAAUUAGUAUAUCAUAUUCUCCAGGAUGUGUAUAAAACUAAGAAAAGGAAGACUCGAGUUAUUUUACGAAUGUUACCCAUCUCAGGCACAUGCAAAGCCUUCUUAGAAGAUAUGAAAAAAUAUGCAGAAACGUUUUUGGAACCCUGGUUUAAAGCACCAAACAAGGGGACAUUUCAGAUUGUAUACAAAUCUCGGAAUAACAGCCACAUGAAUAGAGAAGAAGUUAUCAAAGAAUUGGCUGGAAUUGUGGGCAGUCUGAAUUCAGAAAAUAAAGUAGAUCUCACCAAUCCACAAUAUACAGUGGUAGUUGAAAUUAUCAAAGCUGUCUGUUGCCUGAGUGUCAUAAAAGAUUACAUGUUGUUCAGAAAAUACAAUCUUCAGGAGGUGGUGAAGACUGAGAAAGACCUGUCACAGCUUCACCCAAAGCUGAGAAAUGGAAAAGAAGCAAAAUUGGAAACUGAUGACAAACUAAAUCAAAAUGACCUGAAAGAAGGGGAAAAUAACCAGCAGGUGGUGCCACGGAACAGUGAGGAAGAGCUGGAAGAAACAAAACCAAGAUCUGAGACUCAGUUGGAGAGUGAGGGAGAAGCUAAGCCGGAACUGCCCGGCCAGAUCCAAGAAGGAUCCAAGCCAAGUGACAGUGACCUCUCUUAGUCUUUUGGGGUUAGAGGUGGGUUUCUCAGCCCAGGUUUUGUAGGGUGGUACUGGGGUUCCUUACAAAAUUGUGAUGUAAAUAUCUUGACCGUUCUGUGCUGACAGUCCUGAUCUCAUAGUAGAGAGCAGUGGUCCCUCAGCUCUGUGACAGUUUCCAGAGAGCUCUUUCAGUCCUAAUAGCAGUGCGUGGGCCUGUGUGCCCUCACCCAGGGGAGGGAGGUUGGAGGGUGAUGCUGCCUCUCCUAAGGACAUUCUUCAGCUUCCCCCUAUGCUGUGGCAGCUGACUUCUGGGGCAGAAUGAGGUCUGAGAAGUAGAAAAGUCAGGGGAAUCGCAUUCUGAGGAAGGAAUAGAAUUUUAGGUGCCACAGUGGAGCUGACCCCUGCCACUCUGUUAUAAAACACUGCAAAAUUGUGGAUUAUAUAGGUUGGAAGUGAACUGUUUUGUGAUGGUUUUAUACUUUUUGUGUUUUUCUUGUUUAGUUACAUCUGUUCAUAUAUUUUAUUAAUGUUUGUUGUGAACAAAUGUGAUAGCCACUGCUGCAAUUUUUGAAGUCACAGUAGGAGAUACACCACCAUACUAGGCAUAGACCUAUGGACAUUUUUGGUAAGGGUGGUGAUGAAGAACUGCAGUCUUCUGAGUUAUUCCUGUGUACAGUACUAGUACAGCAAGAGGGAUCAAUUCUGUCUGCAAUGAAAGCUGCUGUUCACAGGUCUUACCUGCACUUAUAAUCAAGUUGUCCUAUAUUCAUUGUGUAUUGUUCGUGGUUUUUAACUAAAUCAGUUAUUUGACAAGAAUGUUGAUUACUUUAAAAUAGCUUUUUGAAUAACAAACCAGAAUAAAGCUUUUGUGUAUUUG